CGUGUUGGGGGUCAAAGGUGAUGUUUCUUGCUUCGGUCCGGAAUUAUUUUUCACUUACAGGCAGAAGAUUGAUAGCAAGAAGACUAUCUAGCUCAAGGAUAGGGACAUCUUUCCGCCUCUUUCUCCUUGCUGUGAGCUGUCACAGUCAGCCACUGUCUGGAACGACCUUACGAGUGAGUGCAAACAACAGAACUCUAAUUGAAGCACACCGGAGAUUAAUGACGGACAGUGGCAGCGAGCGCGGGAGGCGGUAUCUGGGGCAGGAGGAAGCUCGAGAGUUCGACAACUCUCUCUUCAACGACUACAAGUUCUCCAUUGACCAGCUGAUGGAAGUGGCAGGACUCUGCGUGGCUCAGGUGAGUGGUUAGCAUAUGUGCUCUCCUGACAUACACAGAACCUUGGCAGGCGGUAGUGAGGUCUUACCCUGCUAGCGAGGUGGGUGUGGCCUCACCGAGGGUCCUGGUGGUGUGUGGACCUGGCAACAAUGGAGGAGACGGUCUAGUGGCUGCCAGACACCUUCUCUUCAUGGGGUAUGACCCUGAAAUCUACUAUCCCAAACGAACACCGAAAGACAUAUACAAGAUCCUAGUCGCACAGUGCGAGAAACUAAACGUCAGAUUUCUCACGGAGCUACCGUCAGCCCCCGACAUUGACAGAGACUAUCACGUGAUUGUCGACGCCAUUUUCGGAUUCAGUUUCAAGGGAGCAGUUCGGUCGCCAUUUGACACGGUUCUGGCCACUCUGGUCCAGUGCUCCACUCCUAUUGCCUCCGUCGACGUGCCUUCUGGCUGGGAUGUUGAGAACGGAGACCCAAACGGAACGGGACUGAAACCAGACACUCUGGUAUCCCUCACAGCCCCAAAGACCUGCUCCCAACUCUUCACCGGUCGCCAUCACUACCUUGGUCUCAGAAUGGUCCCCAGAGAACUGGCCUCACAGUACAAACUUGACCUUCCUCCCUAUCCCGGCACCGACCAGAUUGUUAGACUGUGAUAUAUAUACACCGUGAUGCUAACCCCCUGUUUUAUUUGGCAAGCAGCCUGAGCUACUCUAAUAGUACGAAUGGCGCAAUUGUUUUCUAUAAAUGUACAUUGGGUUUAUCAUCCAACUGCACGUGAAUUGAAUAGCGUGCUUCUUUUUUAUUUGUGUUCGAAAUUUUUUCCUCCAACUUUAGAAAUUGCUCUGCAAUCUUGUACUAGUAUAUAUUGCACACCACCUCUUACCGCGAUGACAUAAUUCGUGAUUUUUUGCCUAGAAAAAUACAGGCAUGUACUUUGGGCAUUUGUACGUAUAUACAAUAUAGGUAGAUAUAUGGGCCCUUGAAUUAUCUCUGGUGAUGCUUUACGA